AUGUUUAGGCUAAUUUUGUCUUACUAUCUGCUGUUUUUGGCGCAGUUGAGUUUGUCAACUAACCUAAGCACGCUGAGACUGGUCAAUGUGUUAUGGAGGCAUGGAGAUCGGUCACCUGUCAUGGCUUUUCCCACAGAUCCCAAUACUGCCUCUUCUUGGCCACAAGGCUUUGGGUAUUUAUCAGAGAUAGGAAUAAGACAGCAUUAUCAUUUAGGUAAAUAUCUUAGAGACAGAUAUGAUGGUUAUCUAAACAAGACAUUUCUACAGUCAGAGAUUUACAUCAACAGUUCAAAUGUAGAUAGAUGUUUGAUGUCAGCGUAUUCCAACAUGGCGGGUCUGUUUCCACCAUAUGGCUGGCAGGAAUGGAAAGAAAACCUCACCUGGCAACCAAUUCCAGUUCACACAAUACCUGAGCCACUUGACAAUAUGCUAGCCAUUCAAGCUGAUUGUCCAAAAUACACUCAACUUUAUCAGAAGUCUUUGAAAUCUGCUGAAGUUCUAAAAGAGGAAAACGAAAACAAGGAUUUUUAUGCAUUUGUGUCAAAAAUGAGUGGAGUCAAGCAUGAAGCUAUAAAUAAUAUCUGGGCUAUAGCAGAUUCUCUCUUCUGUGAGAAAAAUCACAAUAAAACAUGGGCACCUUGGGUUAAUGAAACUAUUUACCAGAAACUGUUGCGAUUAGAAACAUGGGGUUUUGAAUUGCUCUUCAAAGGCCCAAUAGAGAGCAGAUUGAAGGGAGGUAAAUUUAUAGAUAACAUGCAGGCCAAAGUCAUGAAAGCAACGACUAGCUUUUCUCAGAAAGUAAUGUUCUACUCAGGGCAUGACACAACUGUAGCAGCCCUAUUGAAUGCCUUGCAAGUUUUCAACAAAAUCAGUCCACCAUAUACGGCAGCAGUUAUAAUGGAACUCCACGAAAAGAACAAUAACUACUCUGUCAAUCUGUUUUAUAAAAACAACACGUAUCCUGAACCAACAUCUCUUCACAAGCUCUCUAUUCCAGAUUGUCAAUUUGAUUGCCCAUUGGACCAGUUUAUAAAGUUAACAAAAGAUCGUGUACCUGUCGACUGGCAUGCUGAAUGUCGGAUUGAUGAUCCUAACAGUCCAAAUUCUGCAAACAUAUCUAAUGGAGGUUUGUUCAAAAUCUGUUUAUCUUUUCUACUGUAUAUUUGUUUGUAUUAUAAUAGUGUAUAG